CCAAAACACGGGGGGGGAUGGCGGAGGAAAUAAUUUUAGGGGUUAGCAGUCUGGGUCACCGCCGGGGCAACUCCAGGAUUAUUUUUGUUCCCUCCAGGCGGAGGAGAAGAGCCACGCGGGGUGGCAGAGAGACAGACUUCUUCUUUUCCAACGGGAUCUCAAACGCCCACCCCUCCGCUCCGCUCGAUGCGCUCUCCCAUGCUGAGACGCCCCUGGUCAGGCGAUUCCAUUGUUAAGAUUCCCCCGGGGGGGACACAGAGAGAAAGGAGAUUAAACGGAUGGCCUUCAUUCCCGCCAGGGAAAACGUAUACAGUACUGUACUUAUCAAACGGCACAAAGAGGCCACCUGCCUCUCCCUAGACGCCCUGUGCCGCUCUCCUCUGGUUCCACACAGUCUCCUGUCCCACCCCGUUUUGACGCGGAAUUGGUAUCUCCCGAGCGCUCCGGCCUGCGCUGGCCUUUCUCGGAAGACAACAUUUAUCAAAUAUUUCAAGCCUUUGAAGUCCUGGGAUGAAGCAAUCAAAAACUAAGCAUCAAGUAGUUGUGCUGGAAGAUGAGACCCCCAGGGCAGAAGGCACUCGGUCAGCUAGAGGAAGAAAGCAGAAGAAAAGUACAAAGAGCACUCUUCUGAAAAAGGUGGCAGAACUAGAGCUCAAUGGAGAUUCAGUUACAAAUGUGCAAAGUUGUGAAAGGAAAAUCCACAGGCAUGUAAUUGGAACAUGGAAUGUGAAAAAUAUGGAUGAAAAGAAGCUUGAAAUAAUAAAGCAAGAAAUGAAACGUAUAAAUAUUGCACUACUUGGUGUAAGUGAACUGAACUGGAUUGGAAAAGGAUGUUUUCAGUCCGAUGAUUACGUAGUGUUUUAUUCUGGAAAUGACAAACUUAGAAGGAACGGUGUGGCUUUCAUAGUGAGACAAGACGUAGCCCAGGUAAUCAGGAGAUAUUAUCCCAAAUCUGAUCGAGUAAUAGCAGUCAGACUUCAAGGACAGCCUGUCAACGUAACCAUUAUUCAAGUCCUUGCUCCAGGUCCAAAUGCUGCUGCAGAAGAAACAGAAAGUUUUUAUGCAAGUAUUCAAGAAGAAGUGGAUCAGGCGCCCCAACGGGAUGUGCUGCUUAUCAUAGGUGACUGGAAAGCAACCGUUGGGAACAAAGCAGAAUCAAAUAUUGUUGGAGAAUUUGGCCUAGGAAUUAGUAAUGAAGCAGGAAAAAGACUCAUAGAGUUUUGUGGUGCCAACGAUUUGUUCAUUGCAAAUACAUGCUUCAGGCAACCCAGCCGACGAUUGUAUACGUGGGCUUCACCAAAGGGGCAAUUCAGACAUCAAAUAGACUAUAUAAUUGGGAGGAGAAGAUGGAGGAGCUCUAUUCUCUCUGCAAAAACAAAACCAGGAGCAGAUUGUGGUACAGACCAUAAACUGUUAAUAGCAACAAUUAGAGUGAAACUGAAGAACUACAAAAGAAACACAGUGAGGCAGUAUAAUGCUUCCGAAGGAUAUAAAGACCAUGUAUCAGACUAUGUCAGCCACAAGCGGGAAGAACUAUGGACUGAAACCAGAGAUGACAAAGAUGUGGGAAACAUGGCAGCCCGUUUCCUCAUGCACGAGAAAAUCUGGUUUGACAAAUUCACAUAUGAUGCUGCUGAGAAGAGAUACUAUGAACAGAUGAGUGGUUCCCUUGACAGCCGUUCUGGCCAGCAGAGUGCCAGCAGCCCUUCUUCUGCUGGGGACCAAAGCAAGCUGGUCACUAGCCUAGUGGCAGAGCAUCGAGACCUGCAUAGAGGUGAGUGGGGCAAUACACCUAGUAAUGGGCAGUGUCUGUGCUGGCAGGUCCUUUCUGUUUUCCUGUAA